AGUACAGUGAACAUCGCCAUGGUUCCCUUCCGCUCCUAGCCCACGGUGUUCGUUAUCAUCGCAUGGAGUGCCCGUGGUGCAGUUGAUCGUAUGUUCAUCAGCGCCGAGCCCAGCCGAGCCGAGCCGAGCAGAGCGGAGCUCAUAGUGCUGUAAGAGCGUCCCUGUCGCUCGCCGUCAAUCUACUCUUGUCCGCCAUGGCCGGCGCAGAUGUGCAGGACGUCACGAUAGCUCCAUACGAGGACGCGUCGAGCGACGAGUUGUAGCAGCAGCGAGUAGGUGGACGACGCACGACGCUGCAGUGAGAGCGAUAAAGAGAGGGAACAGGCUCAGUCGCGCGGUAGUUGCUGAGAGCAGAUUUGGUGGACUGAAAAGUGGCUAGCAGCGAAUACCUACUAAGCAUUGGGUGUUAGUAGAAAGUCGCAGAGGUUCUGUGACGAAUUGUUCCGUCGCUUCGAGACGGACUACGGAAUAGUGUCGUCGCAUACGAUUCUGAUAGACUGAUCGUAACCGAGUCGUCGCGAAUCUGAUAAACAGCAUCUCGCAUCAUGGGGAGCAAUCACCGGCGACUGUCACCACUUCGUCGCCGAGUUACACCAUGCGGUUACAGAUGCCUCCCUGCUUCGCCGUGCUUCCCGCUGCUAUGUCUCCUCCUCGCGCUUCCACUCGCAUCAACCGCCGCGACUGCCGCCGCAACUGCCGGAACGCCGGUUAUAAUAGACGCGACGCUCCAUCCAGUCACAGGAUCGCCCGGAUCGCUCAAUUCUGCGCAGCCGGCGCCGUCGGUGCCGUCGAGAUCGGGCCAAAGCGGACAGAUUUCGAUGCUCACCGUAGUCUCGGGCUGCCCGGACGAACGUUUUUCCUGCCCCGCGCCCGUGACCGUGGUUUCGCCGAGCAGCCGUGCCGCGAGCUGCCUCCGUAUCCCGCAAUUCAGGGCGACUCGGUCGUUCAAGAUUGAUUGGCUGGGCGAGUCGAUCGUUUCCGCCGCGCUCGCUGCUGCUGGAGCCGCAAGCAACGCGACGGAGACGAGUGUUGGCGUUAUGAGCACCCCCGCUAAAAGCACAUCUGCUUCAAGCAGACUAGACGGAACGCAGUCUGGGCAAUCGAGCGGCGUGCGGACUUACAUCUGCCAGUCGUUAGUCUUCUGGUCGUCCGUCAACUGCUCGCCGCUAGAACCGUCUUUCGCUGUCGCCAUGCGUAACUGGAGUGAUUUGAUCUCCACCGUCCGAUCCACUCCGCAAUGCUCAUCCAACGGAUCAUCCUCAGUUGCUUCCCCAAAUUCCGGAUCGGCGGGAGAAUCCGCCGCGAAGCCAUCCAGCAAAGUGGCUCUCGAAUCGCGUGGAGUCACCAGCGCGGAGGCUGACUCAGCGCCGGAACAUGCGGCGGGUCCCGCGGGAGCCAGGCUACGAGGAGGGAUCGACACAAUUAGGGUGGCGGGAGGAGCGAUCGGAGCGCCGUUUUCCGCGCCGCAGCAGAUGGGAAUAAGAUCUAUUAGUUGCGAGACACUACAGCCUAUCGAUGCUUCUACGUUCACGCUGCUCUUCUCCUCUCCCGCGCCUUGCGCUCCGCCUAGUAUUGGCUCUCCCGCUCCCCCCACUGCCGGAUCUUCCGCGCCUCCUUCAGGAAGCCGCGCCUCCGCAAUUCCUGGUAGCGCGACAGGUAUUUCUGCCACGUCAUCGUCAUCUAUCACGUCGACCACGUAUUCCUCCUCCCAGCCGGUCCCCGCCAACGAAACUGCCACGUCAGCCAGCGCAUCGUCCGACACCCUCACUCUGUUCGCGUUAGCAGUGGCCGCGGUACUAGCGUCCGUGUGCGUGCUCGCGUUUGUCGGAGCCGCGUUCUACUUCGCCCCUGAAUCUGCAAUGCGGACCGCCGCCGCCGCAGCCGCCGCCGCAACCGCCGCCGCGUCCAUAGCCGCGGAAAUCGCCGCGUCUACCGCAAGGCAUGCGCGCAGCGGGCGCAGGGACUCUCGGAAUUCCCCGGGUUCCCCCGAUCCCCGCUCCAGUUCCUCCCCCUCCGCCCCCCUGCGCUCCUCCCGCUCCCCUUCGUCCUCGUCUUCAGCCUCCUCGUUAUCAUCACUAGGCGCUUCCGCUUCUUCCUCCUCCUCCUCCUCAUUAGACUCCCGCUCCUCCCGCUCCCCUUCCCAAAGCAGGGGAGGGCGGGGGGAGGGGGACAGGUCGGGCGGGCACGGAGGGGAUGAGGGGAGGGGAAGGGGCAGCGGCGGGCGGAUAGAGGUGGAGCAGGGGGGGGUAAUGGAGAGGAGGGGAAGGGGGACAGGCGGAGACAUAGGCACAGGCACAGGCAGCUAGAUAGACGCAUGGAGAGGCGAGGGGAGACCGAGAGGGAAGGGAAGGGGGAGAGACGGAAGGAAAAGGAGGCGUUGAGAAGAGGGGGAGGGGCAGAGGGGAGGUGCCGUGGGUGCGGGAAGCAGGAGGGGUUGGAAAAAUGGAAAGAAACGACGGAGACAGGAUGUCUUGAUGGAGCUGUAACGGGUGUUGCUGUAACGGGUGCUGCUGUAACGGGUGUUCUUGUAACGAGUGUAGUGCAAGGGAGUACCGAGGAGGGUGGAGACAGGGAAAGGAGGUCAGGCGGGGUCCAGAAUGGAGGGGGGAGAGGAGGGGUGCAGCUGAAACGAGUGUUCUUGUAACGAAUGUGAGGGGGCAAGAGGAUGGGGAUGCAGGUGGAGGAAUGGAGAGAGAAGGGGGGGACGGAAGGGAGGGGAGGAGCAGAGAUGGGAAUUCGUUGGUCUAGUGGGUUUCAUCGGGAACAGAAGCAGAAGGUUCUAAAGGUAUGGGGCAGGUACUUUGGUUUAUCCUGCCAAGGUUUGAGAUUCGGUUUGAAGUGGUGAUCAGUGUUACCCACCCUAAACCCUGGUGGCUAAUCUGGUUGAGUGGUGUGCUGCUGACAGAAAGGGACCGUGCCUUUCUCGGGCACUCCGUCCGUCUGAAGCAGAUGGGUUGCAGAAAACUGCUGCUGUGGUCAGUAUUGUCACCAUUGGUGUCAGUAUCAGGGGUUCCGUGACAUGGGGGUGAAUGUCUCAACUCUCCAUUGCACCUGAAGAGUAAACUCAUGUCUCAUGACAGGGAUUUAUGACUUCCUAACAAGCUGGAAUAGCAGCAGCUGCCUUGAUGCGUCUCUAUUUAUUUGCCGUACCGGGUGCGAUCUUUAUUGUAUGGCCCACAUGGUUGUAGGGAGGAGGCAGUUUCGUAGGGUAGGUAACAUUGAUUUGCUUGGCAGUAUAAUGGAAGUACAAGUACAAUAAAUUAUU